UUUAUCUUUAUCUUUUGUUUUUGUUUCUUCUUCACUUGAAAUGCGUUCUGCUGCGAAUGUGCCGCUGCUGCUGCUGCUUCUCGCUGCGGUGAUGGCGACUUCGGCCUACGCCAUGAACGUCACUUACGACAGCCGAGCGCUGCUGAUUGAUGGCCGACGCCGCUUGCUCGUGUCGGGCAGCAUCCACUACCCGCGAUCAACGCCAGACAUGUGGCCCGAGCUGUUUGCCCGCGCCAAGGCCAACGGCAUCGAUGUCAUCCAGACCUACCUCUUUUGGAACACGAACGUCCCGACGCCCGGCGAAUUUGUCAUGAGCGACCGCUUUGACUAUGUCCGUUUCGUCCAGCUCGCCCAGGAGGCUGGGCUGUAUGUCAACUUCCGCAUUGGCCCGUUCGUCUGCGCCGAGUGGACGUACGGCGGCCUGCCUGCGUGGCUCCGCCAAAUUCCCGACAUCAUGUUCCGCGACUACGACCAGCCCUGGCUGCAGGUCGCUGGCGAGUACAUUACCAAGACUGUGCAAAUCCUCAAGGACAACCGUCUGCUUGCCGGACAGGGUGGCCCGAUCAUUCUCUUGCAAAUCGAGAACGAGUACGGCGGCACCGAGUCGCGCUACGCUGGCGGCCCGCAGUACGUCGAGUGGUGUGGCCAGCUCGCUGCCAACCUCACCGACGCUGCCCAGUGGAUUAUGUGCUCGCAGCCGGAUGCACCGGCCAACAUCAUUGCCACCUGCAACGCCUUCUAUUGCGACGACUUUGUGCCGCACCCCGGCCAGCCUUCCAUGUGGACGGAGAACUGGCCCGGCUGGUUCCAAAAGUGGGGCGACCCAACCCCGCACCGCCCGGCCCAGGACGUUGCCUACGCUGUCACCCGCUACUACAUCAAGGGCGGCUCGUACAUGAACUACUACAUGUACCACGGCGGCACCAACUUUGAGCGCACUGCCGGCGGCCCCUUCAUUACCACCAACUAUGACUAUGACGCCUCGCUUGACGAGUACGGCAUGCCCAACGAGCCAAAGUACUCGCAUCUCGGCUCCAUGCACGCCGUUCUGCACGACAACGAGGCCAUCAUGAUGGCUGUGCCCGCUCCCAAGCCAAUCUCGCUCGGCACCAACCUUGAGGCCCACAUCUACAACUCUUCUGUUGGCUGCGUCGCCUUCCUCUCCAACAACAACAACAAGACCGACGUGGAGGUCCAGUUCAACGGCCGCACGUACGAAUUGCCCGCGUGGUCGGUCUCUGUCCUGCACGGCUGCGUCACUGCCAUCUACAACACUGCUGUGUGCCGCGCCCAUCAACGUGCGCCGCAUGACGCCGCUUGUUGUGCACGAGAAAGCCGUCGAGUCUGCGACCGACUUCCGCCGCUCCGUCCAAAAGCCAGAGCACCGUGCCAAAGUGGGCGCAUUCGCCACCUUUGCCUCGUGGUGCUGACAAGCAUUGGCCCCCAGGCACCCGCGACCAAGUACUGGAACAAGACCCCGCUAGAGCAAAUCGACCAGACACUGGACCACACUGACUACCUCUGGUACUCGACCAGCUACGUUUCGUCCUCGGCGACCUAUGCCCAGCUCUCGCUGCCCCAAAUCACCGACGUGGCCUACGUCUACGUCAACGGCAAGUUUGUGACCGUGUCGUGGAGCGGCAAUGUCAGCGCUACCGUCAGCCUGGUCGCUGGGCCCAACACGAUUGACAUUCUCUCGCUCACCAUGGGUCUCGACAACGGCGGCGACAUCUUGUCCGAGUACAACUGCGGCCUGCUUGGCGGCGUCUACCUCGGCUCUGUCAACCUGACCGAGAACGGCUGGUGGCACCAAACGGGCGUUGUUGGCGAACGCAAUGCCAUCUUUUUGCCCGAAAACCUCAAGAAGGUGGCCUGGACGACCCCUGCCGUGCUCAACACGGGGCUCACCUGGUACAAGAGCUCGUUUGACGUGCCGAGGGACUCGCAGGCGCCACUCGCGCUCGACUUGACCGGCAUGGGCAAGGGUUAUGUCUGGGUCAACGGCCACAAUCUCGGUCGCUACUGGCCCACGAUACUGGCCACCAACUGGCCCUGCGACGUCUGCGACUACCGCGGCACCUACGACGCGCCCCACUGCAAGCAAGGCUGCAACAUGCCCUCCCAGACGCACUACCAUGUUCCUCGCGAGUGGCUCCAGGCCGAGAACAAUGUGCUCGUCCUGCUUGAGGAGAUGGGCGGCAACCCUUCCAAGAUUGCCCUGGUCGAGCGCGAAGAGUACGUCUCGUGCGGCGUGGUUGGCGAGGACUACCCUGCCGACGACCUUGCUGUCGUGCUUGGCUGCGGCACGCACCAAACCAUCGCCGGUGUCGACUUUGCGUCCUACGGCACGCCCAUGGGCAGCUGCCGCAGCUACCAACAGGGCUCGUGCCACGCCUCCAACUCGACCGAGAUUGUCCUGUCUCUCUGCCACGGCAAGCAGGCGUGCUCCAUUCCCGUUUCUGCCGCCAUGUUUGGCAAUCCCUGUCCCGACGUUACGAACAAGCGCCUCGCCGUUCAAGUCGCCUGUGCUUAAAAGGAAGGGAUGUCAAAAGUUUUUUGUGGGUGUUUUGGAGCUGUAGAUACAGUAAACAAUGUCUUGCCUCC